ACAACCAGAGGAAUGAUGAGCCUUACAGCCACACCCAGUGGAAUGAUGACAAGUGUAAUGCCAGGCAGAGACUAUUCAUCCUCAGGUGAAUGCUAUGAAAAUGAUCCCAGCUCUCCACUGUCUAGCUCAAGCUCAACUGCAUCUUCAGCUCCUCAUAGAUUAGCUCCAGUAGACAACAACUGGCACUUUACUUUUGAACUCCCAUGGAGUAAAAUGCCAUCAGGGAUUAUGAGAAAACUCCAAAACAAAGAGCGGCCAACAGGACGGGAAAGGCCCGAGAUGAUCCGCCUGGUGGUAGGAGAGGUCCUAACCAUCUGCCCCACACCAGGGAAGAAACACUUUGAUGCAAUCGCUAGGAAGAUUGUUCAAGCCUACCCUCUGUCAUUCAAAGACGUCAUUGAAGGUCAAGUUGUGGGCAGUGGUUUUGAUUCAUUAACCAAGCAGCUGCAGAGCAGAGCUGACAAUCUUAAAAGGGGGAAAACCUCCCUUUCCUUAAAAAGACAAGCAUCUAGCACAAGUGAGGAGGGAGAAGACGUACCUUUAAAGAAGAUCAGAGUCGAUACAUAUGGCUGUGUAAAUUGGCAACCAAAGCGAAUGCCACUGGGUGAAACCAUGGAGACACAGAAAUGUAUGAAAGAAGACUUAAAAAACAUGCACAAAAAUCGAAGCAAGGAUACCAAAAGUGUUGAAAAGAAAAUGGUGGCAACUUUCUUUACUCAAAGAAGUGACAUAAUAAGCGGAAUGGAAACCCCUCUUCUGAUCACAGAGUGGCCAUAUCUGUUCGAGAUGUGUGGCAUGAUUGCUCACUUUAAAGAACUAACAGGUGUGGAUGUUGAUAGAGAAGCUCUGUCAAGCAAAUGUGGGCGAGUCGUUUCAUAUCUCCUGUCCCGUGAGAAAAAAAAAAAACUGAAGACAUCCUAACAGGUAUGGCAAUUGCCAAAGCUAAGCAUCUAGAUGCUGAUAUUCCUGCAUGUGUGAUGCUUCUUUUGAGCCAUUUCGGUGAAGACCAGGACAAGAUGUUCCUGACAGUUGAUGAAACAUGUCUGCCUUCUGAAGUUGAUCAGCUUCCAAGCACACCGUGCAUCGUUGUGUGUGGGAGUUCUGCCCUGACAUCUGAACACUUCAUGGUUGCAGUUGAUCAGACCAUCGUAAAUGGAAAUCUUACAGAUUUUGGCGAUGCCCUGGUACUGAUGUUUGCAACAUACUACUGCCUCAACAUCAGCUAUCCAGCAGAAAUGGCAGCAAGUCUGGAAUUCUUGCAGAGGUGCCUUUUCAAGAUCAACCCGGACAAGGGGAGCAAAGUCGAGAAAAGGGACUCCAAGAAAACACUAUCCAUCAAUCCCAAAGUUCUGUCUUUGAUAACCAAUAUUGCAGACUUUGAAUGGAGAGAGUAAAAGGCAUCUCGCAUAAAUU